AUGUCGAAGAACAUCCCUUUCCCAGAGCCGGAGCUGCUCCAGGACGAUGAAGGCGACGACGUCCGAGAUGAACGAGAUGAAACAGAUGAAACGAAAGUAACCAUUGAGCGCCGGCUCCGAUUGAAAGUCGAUUUACGGUUGUGCAGCAUUGCUGGCAUCCUCUGCAGCCUCGACUUGCUGGAUAGCGGCGUCAUCUCGAGUGCGUCGGUGACUUCAAUGCUCAGCGACUUGCAUCUUGAUCAAGGAAACCGCUAUUCAGUCUCUAUCUUCAUCUUCACCGUCGCCAGUAUUGCCUUCCAGCUGCCUUCGACUAUCGCAGUUCGGACUUUUGGUCCGAGGAUCUGGUUUGCCUUCAUUACCUUCUGCUUCGGAGUCAUUACCCUCGCGACGGCGUUUGUGCGGACCUGGCGACAGAUGAUUGCGUUGAGAGUGCUUCUCGGCAUCUCCAUGUCCGGCAUCUACCCAGGAUUGACCUAUCUGAUUAGCACGUACUACACGAGAGAAGAGCAACAGCUGAGAUUUGCGUACCUGCAAAGCGGUGAGGUCAUCGUUCUCGCCACUGGCGGGAUUGUCAACUACGGAUUGAACCAGCUCAACGGCGAGCAAGGGCUUAAAGGCUGGCAAUGGAUGUUCAUCGUACAGGGAACCAUCUCCAUGUUCCUGGGGAUCGUCACUUUCUGGUGGAUGGUUGACUUCCCGGAGAAUGCACACAGGAGCUUUUUCUUCCUCACGAAGGAGGAGAGCGCUCUUGCGGCAUCUAGGAUUCAAAAAGACAGAGGGGAUGCCCAAAUCGACACCUUUACCUGGUUUAAGGUCCUCCAUCAUGCUGCAGAUCCAAAAGUCUAUGGAUUCUGUGUCAUGUACUUUCUCCUUAAUCUCGUCUCAACCUCUCUUUCCUACUUCCUGCCAAUCAUUCUCCAGGGAGGAAUGGGAUUUAGCACGAACAAGGCGAUCCUCCUAUCCGCGCCUCCAUACUACUACGCCGUUAUUCCAGCACUGCUUUCAUCCUGGGUAGGAGACCGCUUCAGACUUCGAGGCCCUGUGAUCGCUUUCAACUCAAUCUGCCUCAUUGUCGGGUUCUGCAUGCUCGGUUUCAGCAACCAAGUAACCGUUAGAUACAUUGGGACAUAUUUAGCGACUGGGUCCUAUGUUGCAAAUUGGGCGGCUCUGAAUGCAUACCAGGCCAACAACAUCGUUGGGCAGUGGAAGAGGGUAUUCACUGCAGCUGCUGUUACAGCCUGCAAUGGUGCUGGGGGUAUUGCAGGUAGCUUCAUCGUACGACAGCCAGAGGCUCCGCGCUACAUUACCGCAAUCUGGCGACUCGGUGCCACCGCCCUUGUAAUCUACACCAUGGUGUUCCUGGGCAUCUACCGUGCCAUUUACGACUAUGUACCACAGGGCGACAAUGAGCUAGCUAUCAAGGAGGGCGACCUCCUCUUCGUCCUCGAGAAGAGCUCAGACGAUGACUGGUGGAAGGCUAAGAAAAAGGCUGCAGACGAGAGCGAUGAUGAGCCCGAGGGACUAAUACCAAACAACUAUGUUGAGGAGGCUAUCCCAUUGCAGAAAGCCAAGGCCCUCUACGAUUAUACCAGACAAACCGACGAAGAGCUGUCUUUCCGCGAAGACGCGACCCUUGAUGUAUACGAUACAACGGAUCCAGAUUGGACACUGGUCGGCUUGGAUGGCGACUUCGGUUUUGCCCCAGCAAAUUAUAUUGACGCUGGGGAAAGUCCUACACCUGCACUGCCAGGGCGUCCUCGGGCUCCUUCGCAGUCAGAACCUGAACACGGAUAUGAGCCUCCGACACCUCAGUCGCCAGAAAGCCCUGUACAUCAGAGUCCAGCUGCUGCGCUGGCAGGUCUCCUCCAACAAAAGACAGCGAAUUCGGGAUCGCAAAGACAGCCCAUCUCUCCCCCUCCAAUAAUUUCUCAAUCAAGACGACCCCAAUACACCCCCGAGGAGUCUGACGAAGAAGCACCUCCUCCAAUGCCUCGAAGACCUCAAUCGCAGGCAGUUUCGCCACCUCCCACUCACUACGCCUCUUCGCGGUCACCCGCGUCUCCUCCGCCGAUGUCGCCAAUAGCGAAUCCGCGAGUAAAGUUCCAGGAUGUCGAAGACGAUAGGGAUGACGACCGUAAUCCCCAUGGGCCGCUUUCGCCAGCCGGCUUCCACCUCUAUAAUAUUCAUGAGAUGGUUUCGCACAUGGGGAAGAAGAGGAAGAUGCCUAUGACCCUGGGUAUCAACGUUCCAAAGGGCACAAUUUUUAUAGCACCUGAAAAGUCACGUGAUGGACCGCAGAAAGAAUGGACCGCAGAAAAAAUGACGUAUUAUUCACAGGAGGGGAAGCAUCUUUUUAUGGAGCUGGUCAAGCCGAGCAAAAGUAUUGAGUUUCAUUGUGGUGCUAAAGACACUGCGUCUGAGAUUCUCGCGUCUCUCGGCGAGUUGUCCGGAAUGGCAAAGGCCGAGGGAUUGCGGGAGGUGCUUGCGGUAGGCUCAGGGACGUCCAAUGUGCAAAAGAAAGGCCAGAUUUUGUUCGAUUUCAUGGCUCAGGGUGACGAUGAGGUUACAGUUGGAAUUGGUGACGAAGUCCUUAUUCUUGACGACACGGCUAGUGACGAGUGGUGGAAGGUCAGAAGAUUGAAGAACGGGAAAGAGGGUGUUGUUCCCCGGGAUUUCGUCGAGGUCACCGAGACCAUCGCAGUACCUUCAGCUUCGAGUCGCAGUGGCGUCAAUGCAGGACGAUCCACCGUGGACCAAAACAGGCUGGAGGAGGACAGACUGACCCGGGAAGCCUCCAAGGCGCAUAAGAAACGCGAGAGUGACUCUGGCGCUGCACAGAGAGGCUCCCGCGGCAGUAAAGACAGCCCAGCAACAGCGAAACCAAAACCCAACCCAGCGAAAAUCCGUACGUGGACCGACCGAUCUGGCUCGUUUAAGGUGGAAGCCGAAUUCAUCGGGCUCAGGGAUGGAAAGAUCCAUCUUCAUAAACUCAAUGGCGUCAAAAUUGCAGUACCGGUAACGAAGAUGGCCAUUGAGGACUUGGAGUACGUCGAACGUGCCACUGGAGUUUCAUUGGAUGAGGACAAGCCAUUGGCAGACCUGAAGAGGAGGAACACGCAACGCCAAAAAGACCGCGACUCUAUUGCCGAAGGGAAAGCUGGCAUUACGGUGGAGAAGCCAAAGAGACCCGAGUAUGACUGGUUUGACUUCUUCCUGGGGUGUGGUGUCAAUCCUCAGAUAUGCGAACGGUAUUCUUCUGCCUUCUUACGGGAUGAGAUGGGCGAAGAGGUUCUUCCGGACGUCAACGAAAAGCUGCUUCGCACUCUGGGUCUAAAGGAGGGGGAUAUUCUCCGUGUCAUGAAGUUCCUUGACAAGAAGUUCAAUAGGUCUAGGGCCGACCAGGAGAAGCGCGGUGUCAGUUUUGGUGACACAUCCGUCAUCAACGAGGACGGCGAGGCGAACGGUGGUCUCUUCAGUGGUGCUGGUGGUGCUUUGAGGAACAACACGCGGAAGGGUCGUCCAGCUCCGCCCGUCCAAACCAACGACGUUGUCGAUGCAAAGGCUUUUGAGCAGAAGACGGACGACGCGGUCAAGCGAGCGGCACCCGCAGACGCUACGGCGACUCCGCUUGUAGGUCUUCCUCCACCGGAGAAGAAGGUUGACGGAUUUGAUGACAACGCCUGGGAAGUUAAGCCAUCGAGACAGCUUUCAGUGUCUGCCUCAGCGCCGCCUCCUCAGGCAUCUGCUCCAGCACCAGCACCAGCGCCAGCGCCAGCGCCUGCUGCUCCAACCCCUGCUCUCACUGGAUCGUUAGCAGAGUUGUCUUUGCUCACUCCUCCUUUGCAGCCAACACCGGCACCGCAACCAGCACCACAGCAAGCACCUGCGCCACAACCUGCUCCUCAGCAAGCAACCCCUGUAGGUCUACCAUCAUUGUUUGACCAGGUCGCCAAUCUGCCUCAAGCCCAACCGCCUCAACAACCUUCUUUCAUGACACAGCAGCCCACCGGGUUCGGUUUGUCACAGCCACCAAAUCAGCAGAUGUCGGUAGCUAGGCAGCGACCACAAGCACCGCAGGGUUCUCAGGGCGGUGGCUUGAUCGCACCGCCGCCUCCGAGAGCUUCAUCAGCUCCUCAGAAUCAGCAAAGCGCCUUUGGGCCUCCUCCGCUCCAACCCCAGCUCACUGGCUUCCAAGGCGCACCAAACAUGCACACCCAAGUCGCACCACCCGGCCAGAGCCUCCAGGACCUGAACAUGCAACGCCUGAACCCCAACUUCAUGCAACAGCAACAACCGAUGCAGACCGGCUUCCCGCAGCAACAGCAACAAGGCUUCAACAACUUCGGUCAAAAUGGCAUUAUGCCCCAACCCACAGGCAUGAACCAAUUCUCCCCCCAACAACAACAGCCCAUGCAAACCGGCUUUGGGCAACAGCAACCGCAGUUCCCGCAGCAACAGCCCACAGGCUUCGGCCAGCAAUUCCAACCCCAGCAGCAACAACCCAUGCAAACCGGAUUCCAGCCAAAUACCUCCCCCUUCGCCGAUCCGCCGACCCAGCCCUUCCAACCCCAGCCCACGGGCUUCAACUCUUUCGCGCCGCAGCCGCUUAACCCCCAGGCGACGGGCAUCAACAUGUUCCUCCCGCCGGCGCUGCAGCCGCAGCGCACUGGGUUCGGCACCACGAACGGUGGUGCCAGUGGUGGGUUCGGGCAGCAACAGCAACAGCAGAGCGCGCCGCCCAUGCCGCCCAUGCCGACGGGCUUUGGAGGGCAAGGUGGUGGGCUGGCGCCGCUCACGCCGCAGAAGACGGGCCCCGCGCCGCCGGUGCGGUUCGGUACCCAGCCCAAGGCGAAGAAGCUGGUGGCGCAGCCGACGGGGCGGGCGGAUUUGAGUAAGGCGACACCGAUGAAUCCGUUUGGGUUUUAG